AAUCAGUCACUCAAAUCAUUGUGCAUAAUUUACGGUUACACCGUUACACACGGUUGUAAUCGUUGAAUGUAUUAUAAAUAAUUAUCGCAACCUUUAUAAUUGAACAGUAAUAAAUAAACUUAAUUAGAAUUAAAUAAUCUGCCACUCUUAUCAGUCAAUACCGUGUUAUAACACUCACCAAACAUGAGUUUAGUGGCUAAUACGGGAAAACUAGCGGGACGUACGCUGUUUAUAACGGGCGCUUCUCGUGGUAUCGGUAAGGCGAUAGCUCUGAAAGCUGCACAAGAUGGAGCCAACGUUGUUAUUGCCGCUAAAACUGCUGAACCACAUCCAAAACUUCCAGGAACUAUUUACACAGCGGCUGAAGAGAUUGAAGCACUUGGAGGUAAAGCUCUACCAUGUAUUGUGGACGUAAGGGAUGAAAAACAGAUACAAAAUGCUAUUGAUGCUGCUGUUAAACAGUUUAAUGGUAUUGAUAUAUUAGUGAAUAAUGCAUCAGCUAUAACACUAACUGAUACUGAGCACACCGACAUGAAACGAUACGACCUGAUGCAUAAUAUUAACACUCGGGGCACCUUCUUAGCAUCAAAACUGUGUCUACCACAUCUGAAGAACAGCAACCAUGCUCACAUCCUAAAUCUAUCUCCUCCCCUUAAUUUAAACCCUUAUUGGUUUUCUCUUCACGUAGCAUACACAAUGGCCAAAUAUGGUAUGUCAAUGUGCGUGUUGGGAAUGGCGGAAGAAUUUAAGCAGUACAACGUCGGAGUAAAUGCUCUAUGGCCGCGCACAGCUAUUGCAACAGCUGCCAUCGACAUGCUGACAGGCGACACGUCGACCAGCCGGAAAGUCGACAUAGUGUCGGACGCGGCUUACUUUAUGCUAUGCAAAGAUCCGAAAAAUUACACAGGCAACUUCGCGAUCGAUGAUGACGUGGUCACCGAAGCCGGUGUGAAGAAUUUGGACCCCUAUGCAUGUGACCCCAAAAACGUGAAUAAUCUAUUAUUGGACGGAUUCCUUGAUGACCCGGUCGCGAAGUCCCAACACCGCGCGACCGUGUUCACUGUUGCAAGGCGACGUUACCAUACAUCCUCGGUUAACCACAAAGAAGAGAAGCCUGAAGCAAAAGCAACGUCAAGUGGCCAGAUUCCACAACUGUUUGAGUCCAUCAGUAAAAGUCUGUCAGCUGAUCUGGUGAAGAAGACACAGGCUAUCUAUCAGUUCAAUGUAAAGGGCAAAGAAGAAGGUGUGUGGCAUAUUGACUUGAAGAAUGGAGAUGGAUCGUGCGGACAGGGUGAACCCAAAAGUCCACCUGAUGCAACCCUAACGAUGGAAGGCGCGAACUUUGCGGAUAUGUUUGCUGGCAAAUUAAAACCAACAACAGCAUUCAUGAUGGGCAAGCUGAAGAUAGCCGGCGACAUCCAAAAAGCUAUGAAACUUGAGAAGAUGAUGAAGUCAUUGAAAAACAAAGUCUAACGUCUGUAUAUAGAGAAUACCAAAAUCAAACCCAAGUGCAAUAUAAAGAUAACUAAUAAAAAUAAUUAAUUCCGUUAUUAAUAAUUAAAUAAACCACGAAAAUGACAAACUCUAGUCGACCAUAAAUCAAAUUAAUAAAACCAGCAAUGUGUAAAAAAUAGAAUUAAACAAUAUAUGUUGCGCCCGGUGCAUUAUUUGCAUAUUUGAGGCUAUGAACACAUGCUGUUGCUAAUGAGACG